AGCUGCUGCAAAAAGUGUCGCAACACAUACGAGAACGAUAUAUGAUAGAGAAAAGCAUCAACAACACACAGCAAGGAGCUGGGGUGAAGGAAGAUUGACAAGAUGUAACAAUUUUGACAUAAAAUCAGCAUAUAUUGACCAACUUAAUGCAGGCCGUCCGAGCAUCGUUUUACUGUCGAAACACUUAAAUCGUCAGCCAGGAUGGAUGAGAGCAUGGACGAGGAUGCGAGUUUUGAAAUGAUGGACGACCACAACCACAAUAACUGGGAGGCCAGUGCAGAUGCCUACAGACAACACCCCCCAAAUCCACAGCAACAAACCGGUCAUGCUGCGCAUUCUACCGUGUGUGAGGCCGAGGGCUCAACCCUGCCAAACAGCGGUGCACAGUCAGCGCCCGAGCCGGGGAACGGAGUCGGUGACUGCGAGGAUUCUGCUGGAACUGGCGCUAGUGCUGGAGCUAGUGCUGCUGCGGGGGGAAAAGUCACUCUGAAUAUUAACAGUUCGACCUCAAAGUUUUUGAUGAAUGUUAUAACCACAGAAGACUACAAGAGCACAUACUGGCCAAAAUUGGAAAGUGCCAUUGAGCAGCUCCUGACCCAGAACCCUCAGGACUACAUCCCGAUCUCCUAUGAGCAGAUCUACAGCUGUGUGUACAAAUGCGUCUGCCAGCAGCAUUCUGAGCAGAUGUACAACGACUUGAUACACAAGAUAACGGGUCACUUGCAGCAUAUCUCCGAGGAGCUGCAGGCCAGUCCUCCAGACCAGUACAUUGAGAAGUUUGACACAGCCCUCGCCCAGUACAUGGCAGCAUUACAGAGCAUUGUGCCUCUAUUCAUAUACAUGAAUAAAUUUUACAUUGAAACCAAGCUGAACAGAGACCUGAAAGAGGAUCUUACAAAGCUGUUUACAGACUAUGUUGCAGAAAAGCAUGUGUGCACCUUAAUGCCUUUACUUAUAGAAGCUCAUUCCACACCUUUUCAAAUAACACCAUCGGUCAUGGCAAAUAUUGUGAAAGGCCUUUACACACUGAGACCAGAGUGGGUACAGCUGGCGCCGACCCUAUUUUCCAAUUUUAUACCCAACAUCCUUCCACCAGCACUGGAGUCAGAGCUGUCGGUGUACGCAGCGCAGGACCAGAAACUUCAAAGGGAACUAAUGCAGAACGGUUUUACCAGGGGCGACCAGUCGCGGAAAAGGGCCGGUGAAGAGCUAGCCUACAAUGGGUCCUCGUCUUCUUGUGCCACCUCCAGAGGGUACAGAUAGGGGAGAUAUGCGAAGCUGACCUUUUCUGCACAAUACCACUGGAUACUGUGAAGAAACUUGGAGCAGAGAACUGAUUGAGGUCCUGGAGAGACUCCAUUCACUGAGCUCAACCAGAGAAACAGGAAUCUGUGAUGCUGUGCUCCAUUCUUUAGUGUCCUAACAACUGGACUCCUGAUAAGACUGCUGGACUUUUUAGAGGAUUUCUGAGGAUUUGCAAUGACUGUGGUCGGUGUGGCCAGUGAUUCAUGGAUUAAAAAAUUAUAAUAGAAAUCGCAGAUAGCCAGCUUUCUGGAGAAAAACUAAAUCCUGUAAAACAUUUUUGUUUCAUUUUUAUUUUGGAGGGAGGUGACUUUGUAACAAAAAAAAAAACUAAAGUCAAUUUAAAUCAACAGUACUCUUAACAUCCGUACUUUUUCAACCAUAGCCUUUCUGGAUUUUUCUUGUAAUAAAAUGAAAGAUGAUGCUUAAAAUGCUUUGGAAGCUGAAAGAGUUGCAAUGACGUUUCAAAGUGUACUAAUUUGCCUUUUGCUGAAGAGCCUUCAGUCUGUACUGUCUUUACAAGUAACACGAUGGCAUCCUCAGUGUUUUCUCCCCUUAUCAACAGUGGAAGCAGCAAUGUAUCAUGUGACUUGUGAUGUAACUUGAACUGGUUGAUAAUGGAUAGAAGGCACAAAUGACCGAUUUAGCGACUAUAUUCAGCUUCUUAACUCUUUAGAGACGUGUUCUGCAGCACAUCCUGCACUGAGGUUCAUUAAAACAUGGCAUUAAAUUCCAA